UGCUGCUUGCAGUCCCAGGGCACAAUGUGUUGCACCCUGCUGCAGGUCUGAACUUAAACAACCUGCUGCUCCUCUGUUAACCCUGUAGGCCACUGGCAAUAGGACUUGACAAAUAUAUUUGUAAUUAAGGGCUAGAUAUCUGUUCUGCUUAACAGAUUACCAGGACUUAUGAAUGAAAUAUCACAGACUACGGGGACAGAAAGAGACAGAAUAUAUAAGCGCAUUCGGAGCUUCCUGUCCCGCUCUAACUGUCGGAGUAUAAUGGUGGCUUUUAAAGGGAUCUGGACAAAGAGCUUCUGGAGGGCUGUGUCAGGUGAAUAUGCAGCCAGCUUGAUCUUUGUGCUCCUCAGCCUUGGCUCCACUAUCAACUGGGCUGCAGGGGAGGACAAUCCCCCUCCUGCUGACUUGGUGCUGAUCUCCCUUUGCUUUGGCCUCAGCAUUGCCACUAUGGUUCAGUGUUUCGGGCACAUCAGUGGCGGCCACAUAAACCCAGCUGUCACUGCAGCCAUGGUUAUAACCAGAAAGUUAAGCCUUGCAAAAGGUGUGUUCUAUGUGGUGGCUCAGUGUCUAGGAGCCAUCACCGGAGCUGGCAUACUCUACGCUGUUACACCUGCGGAUGUUCGAGGAUCUCUCGGUGUUACUAUGGUGAACUCCAAGAUCUCAUUAGGACAUGCCCUUCUUGUUGAGCUUUUCAUUACUUUCGAACUGGUCUUAACCAUCUUUGCCACUUGUGAUCCCAGACGUACAGACCUAAGUGGCUCUGCAAGCCUAGCCAUUGGAUUUGCAGUAGCUAUCGGACACUUCUUUGCAAUUCCUUACACAGGAGCCAGCAUGAACCCGGCUCGUUCAUUUGGACCUGCGAUGGUCACACUUAACUUUGACAACCACUGGGUGUACUGGCUGGGCCCCAUUCUGGGAGGAAUCUUGGCUGCAGCUUUGUAUGAAUAUCUUUACUGUCCCGACCCUGAAGUGAAACAGAAGCUGAAGCAAGUCUUUACGAAGGAAUUAACAGGAAAGUACAAAGUGGUGGAAAGUGAUGAGACCAUCAUCAAGCCAGGCUCUAUCCAUAACAUUGAUCUUGCAGAGAAAGUAGAGAAGAAUGAUCCCUUUCAGGAGUCGUCCGGAGAAGUACUGUCCUCUGUAUGACUAUCACACGCACUGGAAAUGGAGACCAAUUUAUAAAGGAUGACAAUCAAACUUCUAUUGUAAAGCAGACUAUAAUUUCUGUCAGAAACGCAAGGCUGUAUUACUUUCACUGUCAUACCAUUAAUACAUUAGAGCUAAAUCGUCCACACAACUGCAGAACAUUCAAGACUGUUGCUCAGGGAUGCUCUGAAUGAUCGUUUUUGCACACAAUGUAUCCUGUUAAAAUGACAGCAAGCAAUGCAUUAUGGGAGGGAAAUGUGUGUAGGGGGUCAGCCAAUUAUGCUGGGUCAUUCUGCUGUACUGAAAGAUUGAGGAAGAAUAUGCAGCCUUGUUAUUUUUGGAUUAGUGUCUCAUUUGCUCUGCCUUCUGCAUGUGUGAUAAAAGGCAGGAUGGUCCUUGUGAUCAUUAAGCACAUUAAGGAUUCGAUGCAAAGUAAGGGAGCGUUGACAAGCUGUACGAGCAGAGCUGUAUCACAGAGCUCUCCAUUUUCAGUGCAUUAAUCAGGUAAACAACUUGCUAUGCUUUCUUCAAGUUCAUCUCCACUUUGCUGUCUGUUAUUGUACAACAAUUCCUUCUUUUCCUUUCACUGCAAUCAUUGAAGUUUUGCUGUCUUUGUGAAUUAGAUUAGAUUUUCUUGCACAUUUUAUCAAUAUAUAUGAAGAAGAGGUUCUUUCAUUUAAUGGGUGAGUUCCUCCUUGUAACCCACCUCCAUACAUGUUGUACUUUAUAAAGAUACUGGUACAAAGUGCAAA